GUGCCUCUCAUUCUUCCAAAGUUUGAGCUGCACUUGACUGCCCUUUCGCUGUCUUUUCGCUGACUUUACGUCGAUUUUGCGAUCAUCGGAUCACCGGAUUACUGUUUUUCGUCGUGUGUCUUUUGUCCGUGAUUUUGUCCUGUGAAUCCGUGUUUUUGCCAAACCUUUUGACUGAGGACAUCAAACCAUCUUUGUUCUCAAUCCCGGACCGCAGAACUUAGGAUAAAGAUGCCUAAGGACAAGGGAUGGAAGCGCUCCCUUGCUGCGAAGAGGAGGAGGGAGGAGCAGCUUGAGGGAAAGCCUGCUUUCCCGAUAGCGGUUCACCUUCCGCCUUUUUCCACCGGUGCCGAGACCUUUACCCGCCUUGGUACUGGUUCUCGCCAUUCGGUGAAGCCGUGGCCAACUUCCACCGUCACCGGGAAGUGCCACAAGUUGGACUUGCCGCCGGACUUGUCCUCCGACAAGAAGGCAAGUCUAUGAGUUUCAGUAUGAAACAAAUUCUUAAGUAAUAGUUGAGGAUUGUUAAAUAUUUUCUUCUUUUUUCUAGUUCGUUCUGAUUGUCGGGAACUCGCAUCUUCGUGCUGUCGUUGAUGCCAUCGUGCCGAUGCCAGAGGGCUGCCUGUCCUUUGCCAUCAGUGCGACUCCCGGAGGUUCUGCCCGUGACCUUCGGAUGCAGCUGGCGGCUAUGACGGCUAAGCACCUACCCAAAGAGCCCGCUUUGGUGUGUGUCAUGGCGCCGUGCAACAACCUCACGGCCAGCAGGACGGUUGACGAGGCUGCAGAGGAGUUUGGCCAACUCCUCAGGUAUGUCUGCGGCCGCUGGCCAAAGGUGUGUGUCGUGGAUUUCCCACCUCGCCUUGCUGGCAGCGUGGAAAUUCAGACCCUCCUUCGCCAGGAGUACCACCGUGUGUCAGCCCGCUUUCAGGUCAACUUUGUCCAGAUAGCCGACCACUUUCCCCGACACCGACGAGAGCUGUGGUGCAGGGAUGGCAUCCACCUGAGUGAUAGCCAUGGAAUGGGAAUCCUUGUUCAGCUGCUGUGGCAGGCUUGCUACACGCAGCUAGAGGUCUCUUCCCCCGCUUCCUCUGUGGCGGCGCCCCGCCCUCGCACAUCCACUAGAAGGGUCUCGCCAAGAGUGGUUGUGACUGGACCACUGCCCGUGCCACGACCACAACCACCCCCUUCUGAGUUUAUUAAGGUUGUGCGAGGCAGAAAGAACCAGCCUAGGGACUCAGCCUCCCCUGUGGGUCCCAAGGGGCGCCUGGUUCAACGGGAGGUGGAGACCGUCUUCUCCAUCCCCCUGUCGCCCGUCCUCUUCAGCCCUGCUAUGCUGGUCGAGAUGGAUGCGAGGUUUCCAUUUGGCCUGACCAGCUCUGUGGAGGACGUGGCCACCUUUCCUUCGGGAAAGAAGACGUCUCGGGCGAGGCGUCGCAAGGCUGCUUCCUCAAAGAAACGCCAGCCCAAGCGGCAGGUGGGGGCAGCCCCUGUGGUUGUGGAGGUGAGACCCGGCUCACCAUCCAGCUUCGUGCCUGCAGUGGAAGAGGACCAGGCGGAGGGUGUUGUGGUAGAGGUGACACCAGGAUCGUCCCCUACCAGCGUGGCCAUCCUGGAUUCUUUCCUGGAGGACCAGGCGGAGGCAGUUGUGGUGGAGGUGACACCAGGAACGUCCCCUACCAGCGUCAUCAUCCUGGAUACUUUCCUGGAGGACGAGUCCGGAGAUGUGGAAGUGACUCCAGGAACGUCACUUGCCAGUUCCAGGGACCAGAUGUUGAUGGACGAGGCCAUGGACAUCAGCCCUCCUGUGACCCCGCUGCUGCCGCCUCUGACCUGUCCUCUUCUGACCUGUCACCCUUCUUCUUCUGUGACCAGUCAGCCUUCUCUUCUCAGCCCUCCACCAGCUGUCCAUGAGGAGAGAGCUUCUGACAAAGAUAAGUCUUGUUGUGCACAUGUUGUACCCGUCGGUGUUCCUUCUGUCGUGAGGGGUAGUUUUCAUCAGGGUGAUUUUAGGUUCGAGUAUGCAGGUGUGCAGUGUAUGGCGAUAGCUUUGGUAGCUUUAGCUAAGCACUCGGUGUGUAAUGUGUUUUCAUGGGAUCAGAGGCAGUUAGAUUUGGUUUUGAAUCUUGGGGAUGCACUGUACACAGACCGUCGGAAUCGGGGCUUGACUCAUGGGCGUGACUUGUUAAUUGCUUCAGACCUGCCACGUGAGUCGGUUAUAGAUGGGCAGCAGUUUAGCUUUUCUUUCAGUCAGCCAGUUAAUGGGGCUGCAAAUGUUGUCGAACAUGAGUUUAUUGAAGCGGGCGCGUGGGUAACCUUAGAUGGUGGUUUAGAACAGAUGUUGGCACAGUACGACACAUGUCUUAUGACACUCUGUGGUGCUGCUUGUGCCGUUAUUAAAGACAAUGGGCGGUAUGCUGUGGUGGACUCUCACUCGCGGAGUGCUGAAGGGUUGGUAGAUCCUGAUGGUAAAAGUGUGGUUAUGUAUUUUAGUCAUAUUGAUGAGCUGUAUAGUUUUUUUUGCACAUUGGCUGCGUGUUAUGGUGAUGAGGAGUCUUUCAAAGAGUUUGAAUUGACUGGUGUUAAUGUCGUUGUUGCAGCUGAUAGUGUGAGGGGCUUAAAGUGCCAAGAGGCCGCAGAAGUUUCUUCUGUACUCCCUGACAAAUACCCAAAGCAGGACAUUGAAGUUGUUUCUGAUAGUGUGAGGGGCUUAAAGUGCCAAGAGGCCGCAGAAGUUUCUUCUUCUGUACUCCCUGACAAAAACACAAACCAGGACAUGGAAGUUGAUUUAGAUGUGCUCUUUACCAGUGUUCAAGACAGUGCCCUGUCCUUUAAUCCACUAAAUGAAAGUGUUUGUAAGGAUUUGUGCAAACACAUUAAAGCUGAGUUUCAAAAGCUUGGUGUGGCAGAUCCAAAAACUGUAGGGCCAUUAGGUGUGCCAUGUGAAAAAGACAAAAUAGUUGCGGACGGUAAUUGUUUCUUUCGGGCGGUUUCACAGGCCAUUAGUGGCACACAAAAAUACCAUAGAAAAAUUAGACUUGCUACUGUGAAACAGCUAGAAAAAAAUCCCUCAAAAUACAACACCCUGUUGCGCGAUGGCCACUUUUCUGUGGAGCAAUAUAUCAGUGUUUCGAACAUGCGUAAAGUUGGCACAUGGGCCACAGAAGUAGAAAUCCACGCAGCCGCAGAUUAUUUAGGUGUCGACAUAUUUACAUUUUAUAACGGACAUUGGCUGAAAUACGGUUGUACUACCGAGCCUGUGUCAAACGGUGGCAUCUAUUUAGAGAAUAUUAACAGUUGUCAUUACGAAAAUGUAAUUUGUGUCAAAAUGCCUGAUGCUAAUGCUUGUUAUGAAUGCUGCCAAGUCUAUCAAUUUUCAAUGGAGGGCUACAAUAUUAGGCCUAAAAAGGUAGCUCUCAAACCACCAAUUGAUCUAGAUAAUCAAAUUGAUAUUAAACCUAAAUUAUCAAAGUAUGUACAAAAGAAAAAACUAAAGCAUUUGAAACACACCUACAUCAAACAUCAUGACACAAUCAAGGAAAAACAGAGGACACAUUACAUCACACAUCAUACACAUGUUAAAGAUGCCUCAAAAAAAAGAGGUAAACAAAAAUAUAGAGAUGAUUCGGAGUAUAGAGAGGGGAAAAAGGCUGCAAGCAAACAUUCAUAUAGAAUGAAUGAAUUCUAUAGACAGAAAAAAAAGGCAGCAAUUAAUGUAGCAAACAAACAGAAAUACAGAACCAGCAUGGCGUUUAGAGAAAAUCUUAAAUCAACAUAUAAAACUGAGGACUUGGAUGAGGUUCAUGAGCAGAUGGAAUCUGGAGAGAUUCAUGAGGAUGCAUGGGGCUUGCUCUGCCCAGAACAGGAAGUGGAGAGGUUGGAGUCGAGGGAGGAGUUUAGAGAGAUGUUGCAGGCUGUUGGUUCUGAGCAGGAGCAAGAGGCUAUUCCAGACUUGGCUCAGCCAGGCUCUCCAUUAGCCCAGGUGCUCCUCGCUCUCACACCCAGCGCUGAUAGUUUGUCUCAGGGCGGGUACGACUGA